GGCGGCGGUGUCCUCGGCAGCGGCACUGCGUGGGGCAGACUACGAGAACGGGCUUCGUGGCGGGUCUGGCUCGGCAGGUGCAGGCCAGGAUCCCGGGGAGGACGAGCCUAUGGGCCGCGGAGGGCUGGAACUCGAUCUGGAGUUGCUGGGCCCGGGCAGAAGAAACCGGAGGAUAGGCCCGGGGAACUGAGCGGAGAUCCCGCCAUCGAGGACCCGGUGAGAGUUGAGUGGUGGGGGCAGGAUGUGAGGGGAGCCUACGGGGGGCAGGAUGUGAGGGGGAGGAGGCUCCAGGGGAGCCAUGAUCUAUGAGCAGGAACUUGAAGCCAUUAAAGCUCGUGUUCGAGAAAUGGAAGAGGAAGCAGAGAAAUUAAAGGAGAUGCAGAAUGAAGUAGAGAAACAAAUGAACAUGAGCCCUCCUCCAGGCAACGCUGGUCCUGUUAUUAUGUCUAUAGAGGAGAAAAUGGAAGCUGAUGCUCGAUCAAUAUAUGUUGGAAAUGUUGAUUAUGGAGCAACAGCAGAAGAAUUAGAGGCCCAUUUCCAUGGUUGUGGAUCUGUGAACAGGGUAACCAUUCUUUGUGACAAGUACACAGGUCAUCCUAAGGGGUUUGCCUACAUUGAAUUUUCUGAUAAAGAAAUCUGUCCGGACAUCAAUGGCCCUUGACGAGUCUCUGUUCAGAGGCCGACAGAUAAAGGUGGUUCCCAAAAGGACAAACAGACCCGGCAUUAGCACAACAGACAGAGGCUUUCCACGUGCAAGAUACAGAGCUAGAGCAUCAUCGUACAGCUCCCGUUCCAGAUUCUACAGCGGCUAUCCUUCAAGACCCAGAGGACGCGUGUACAGGGGUCGGGCUCGUGUGACAUCAUGGUAUUCACCUUACUAA